AUGGAACACCGUUCAUUGUUUUGUUUGAUGUAUUGCGUAAGUUUUUCUUUGACUGUCUGCAAAAAUAUCACUGGACCAGGAGUAUGUAUGCCACCGAACAGCUCAAUCAUCACAUGUUGUUUGGGAUAUAUUCUAAAACAAAAAAUGUGUUUCGAGUGUGAACCAGGCACCACAGGUAAAAACUGUUCCAUGACCUGUCAGCCUGGAUACUAUGGACCUUUUUGCAGUAAACCAUGCUUUUGUGUCUCUGAAAUGUAUUGUGAUCCUGAAAGGGGUUGCCUUUGUAACCCAAACAGUGUUAACUGUACAGAUCAAGAUCAGAAAUUGACAACAGAAUAUGCCGAGAAUUCAACAGUUUAUAAGUCAAAUCAUAAAUCACAAUUCAUUGACGAAAACAUCCUCCCCUCGUUGGUAUUUGCUAUCACUGUAUUGCUCAUCAGUAUUAUAUGUAUCAGAUUGCUGUAUUCAAAGAUAAUGAAAAGAAAAGGUUAA